UACGCUUCAGUCGGCUUCGUUCACCGUCUCGAUGCGGUUUGUUUUGUCUGAUUGGAUUUAACAGUGUACGGUGUCAAAAAGUGGAUAUAAUAUAUAGAUAAAUGUGUGUAGCAAACAAAAACAAAUGUCAAUUAGAAUUUGACCAAGGCUUACUGCCGCCCAAGAAAGCUAAUACGAAAAAUAUUUUAUUUUCCCUUAGUACAAGUGAAAUAGCCAAAAAAUUGUUUUGAAAAAAUUGGGCAAUAAGUUGAAUUGUGUAAUUUUAGAAACGUCUGGUGCACAACAUUUUCGACUGUAGCGUAAAAAGAGCGGACACAGACGAAGUUGCAGAGCAAGAGCGUACACCAAGUGGGAGCAGCGCACGAUACUAGAGAUCCAUUUUCAAAUACUUAUAUCAACUACGCCCCUUACCGCACGCAGCUACUAAAUAUACGAUGUAGCCAUCGGUGGCAUUAAGAAACGUAUGUAUAUUUUCAGAGCAUCCUAAAUACCCAACGACAAACAUCUAUUUGCGUUCUUGGUCAAUACGUUGUUGUUGGUGUUGUAUAUGAUCCCCAUACCACGUACGGUGCAUUUUGCUCAUUUCCCAAGUAUUCACAUUGUACCAUCAGCGCCAAUAAGAAAAAUAUUACAUUCACUCAAUGGUAGCCACCCACACUAACGCCCAAAUCAGAUGCUCUACGUAUUUGUUAUUGCAGUAUCGUUAAUUUAGUCGCUAUUCCGCCUUUGCCAUCGCGUUCGUUGUUGUCUUUUUAGCGCCUUAACCAACGACUCGUCGUUGUAUCGAACUUUUGCUUUUUUUUUGCGCUUUUGUUAGUGUUUAGAUAAUUUUCGGUAAUUCUUUGUUCUACCAAGCGGCGCUGCCAACGUCGACGCUGACAGCGGCAGCAUUUAAUCUUAUUUAACAACACAGAAUGAAAACAAAAAAAUAAAAAGAGUUGAAAAAUAAAACGAAUAGGUGUUAAAACUAUAACUAUAUAAUAUUGUACCUUGUGUACAAUAAUCUAUAGAUGCAAAUGUGCAAUUUUCCAAACAAAUCUAAAAAUAAUUUAUGUAUAAUAUAUUUCAAAAUAAAUGCGCCUAAUGUUAAAAUUUGGUAAAUAAUAUUAGACUGUGUACAGGAAACUCCACUGUAGUUUGUGAUGUUCUUAAAAGUGUUUUGUUUGCGUACGCAUCAUCAAACACCAGUCGGAGUGCUAUCAAACGCCAGCCUUAAAAAAUAACAUUUCUUAUACGUAGGACUGUCAAAUCCACUAAAGGAAAUAUAACUACACAGCUAAGGUGCAGGAAGUCACGUUUCGUCCAACAAUUACACAAAAUGCACGUGUAUAUAUGCACAGUACAUAUGUAAACACUUUAAAAGACGUCACGCUGUCGCCAAACUUCCAAUUAAGCCAAACCGUAUGGAUUGUACUUUGGUGAAAAAUUUUUAACGUAAAGGCACACCAAUCUACUGCCAUCGGUAAAGUGCAAUAGUGAAGUGUAAAAAGUGAAACGUUAAGUCCGUACAUUAUAUGUACAUAUGCAUGUAUGUACAUGACACAACAUACAUAUAAAUCUUGGUUAAGCUGCUUUCCUUAAAAGCGUCCGACGAAGUUAUUGCACGCCCAUCUGUACAUACCAACCUACUGAAACGAACGAAAGUGAAAAUCUACCAAAUUCAUGCUGCACAUUCAACGGAAGCAGUAACUCUUUCUACAAAAGGUGUGCACUCCACAGAUAAAGCUCCAAAAUGGUGAUAAGCAAUCCGGAUGCAGUGGCCGCCGCCGCCACCACGAACAAUACAGCUGGCGAUGCGGUUGACUUGGCACAUCCAUCGGGUAUUCCACGUGAUAGAAUCGAUAAUAUAAUGAGCGGUAUAGCAAAUACGGGCGAUGUGAAAAUGAAUAACCACCGAAAGAAGCUGCGUCAGAGGUUUGACAUUAUUAAAAAGUUAGGUCAAGGCACAUAUGGCAAAGUGCAAUUAGGUAUAAAUAAGGAAACCGGCCAGGAGGUGGCUAUAAAAACUAUAAAAAAGUGCAAAAUAGAAGCUGAGGCAGAUUUGGUGCGCAUACGUCGUGAGGUGCAAAUUAUGAGCUCGGUGCAGCAUCCCAAUAUCAUACAUAUAUACGAAGUAUUCGAGAAUCGUGAGAAGAUGGUGUUAGUUAUGGAAUUCGCCGCAGGCGGUGAACUGUAUGACUAUCUCUCGGAACGUAAGGUGCUAUCUGAAGAAGAGGCGCGUCGCAUAUUCCGGCAGGUGGCUACGGCUGUCUACUAUUGUCAUAAGCACAAAAUUUGUCAUCGUGAUUUGAAGCUGGAAAAUAUACUACUCGAUGAACAUGGAAAUGCGAAGAUCGCCGAUUUUGGUCUCUCGAAUGUGUUCGACGAACAAAACUUACUAUCCACAUUUUGCGGUUCGCCGCUUUACGCCUCUCCCGAAAUUGUUGAAGGUACUCCCUACCAAGGUCCAGAAGUCGACUGCUGGUCCCUUGGUGUGCUCCUCUACACUCUAGUCUACGGAUCGAUGCCAUUUGAUGGUUCCAAUUUUAAAAGACUUGUUAAGCAAAUCAGUCAAGGUGAUUACUAUGAGCCAAAGAAACCGUCGCGUGCCUCAACGCUCAUACGUGACAUGUUGACGGUGAGUCCACGCAAACGUGCCACCAUCGAACAGAUCUGCGCCCAUUGGUGGGUGAAUGAAAAUGAUAACGUCUCAUGUUUGGACUUGGCUGAAGAGCUAGCGACACAAACACCGGUGCGUUUGGAUGUCUUGUUGUCGUUGACACCGGCCGCUGUGACGGCCGAUCAAUUGGUUGUGCCAUCCGCUGAUGCGGGUAAAGGAGAACGUGUGCCACGAAGCCACUCGGUGGGAUCGAUACGUGAUAUGGGCGGUAAUACGGAAGCGGAACGCAGAAUCUUGGACAUGGUGGCUGCUGGCGGCGAAGCAGCACUCAUGCCAUCACCAACACGCACAAUCACACCCACGCAGAGCCCAGUGCAGAGUAAACGCAAACUCGAGACCACAGUCUCCACGGAGAACGCACAUGGUGCGGCGCUCAAGAAGAAGGAUAAACUCGGCAGCAGCUCAAUGGUACUCGGAGAGUCCAAUCUGCCACCACCACAAGAAAUACCCAUGGAGACGGAGGAGGACGAAGCUGCAGAGCAGGAAAUUGACGAAGAGCCAUCGGUCGCAGGAAAUGCAAUGCCAUCGAGCAGCUUCUCCCAAAGAGAUAUGGAAAUGGUGGGUGAUCUAUGCGAACAACUGAUUAAGGAAGAGUCAAAAUCGGCGAUCGCUGCACCACUGACUGAAUCCAGCACACCUGUCACACCUACACAUGGCGGUGUGCCGCGCCAAAAAACGAUCAGCAAGCUAGAGUCGUUGGAAGAGGCGCCUGAAGAAAAGGACGCCACCAAAGUUAUUAAGAAAUUCGUCAAUAAGCACAAAACUGCUGAUCUGGUUAAUGCCAUCGGUCAGAUAACACCGACAGCUGAAAAAACCAGCGAACAGUCUACGCCCACACCUGCUACAACAACAACCAACAAUGCCAAAAGUUCAAUAGCGAAGCCAACAGCUGGUGCGACAGCCUCCUCCGCUACACCAGCGCCCUUCGUGCGCAAAUGCAGUUUGCAAGAUGAAGGUUCCUUGAGUAAGUUCAAUGCCGACCGACGAAAGUCGCGUGUGCUCGAAACCACCGAAAAGUUACAGCAAAUGAAUACCGGCAACGCUACCGGCGGCGGCGGUGAGAAACCGAAGAAGUUCAGCAUACCCGGCGUGAGCGUCGGCAGCUUUAAGAAAGAAUUUGAACGUAAAGCUACAAAUCCGCCAGUACAACAAGGUCCUACACCAGGUGAGUUACGCGCAAUGGAAGAGGUUGCAGCUGCGGCCGCUGCCGCCCAAGAAUUAGAGGCAGAAGAGCACUCGCCAACAGCUGACAGCGCGCAACAACCAACAACACCAGUGACAACAGGUCAUAUUGAGUCAAGCGAUUCGAAAAAUUCCGUCGCUUCGUUGUCACUGGAAGACGCGCGUCGCUCCAUGGAGAAUUCGAUUGCGUUGCUGCGUCAGGCGCAAAGCGAAUCCUCGAAAGAGGUGGAUCAGCUGUGCGCGCAAACAGAAAAUAUCGAAGUCAGCGAGGCCAGCAGCCCAAUAGUGACGGCCGAACGCGAGCGGAAGUUGAAGAAUGCGCGCGCCAUUAUCGGAAAUGCCAUACAGCCAGUUAUACGCAGGCCACCAUCACAACCAUCCUUUGGCAACGGCGGCGGGGGCUACGGUCAAAUGCGUGCAGCCAGUGGCGGUUUUAUUGGUUUUGGCAGCAGUGGCAGCGGCAUCGGCAGCGGCAGCAUGAACGGCAUGGGUGGCGACAGCGGCUGUGGCUCCAUGGGCGUCCACGCUCCAUUUGGCAUCGGCAGCGUCGGUGGCUUUGGCUGUGGCGUCGUUGGCAUCGGCAAUAACAAUGUUAUUGCCAGCCAUGCACCACCGCCACAAAUGUUGGCGUACAAUAUGAGCGCCGCUCCGCAGACACCGCCGCCUCUGUUGACAUCGAAUGCAAAUGCAAAUGCGAAGGCAAAUUCAAAAUCGAACGCGACCGCGAAUGUGAAUGCAAACGUCGCCCUCGCCGCUGCACGGCAGCACAUAAUGGGUCGUUUGGCAGCUACGGCUACGGCUGCUGGUCAGAAUGAGUACCAAAGCGAGUUUUCACCGUCCAAUUAUUUCAUACAGUCACCUCCCUCCACUCCCUCUUCCCUGUAUAACAGUAAUAAUGCGAAUAUCCAACCACACCUCCAUUACCAACAACCACAAGAGCAUCAACACUAUUCACAACAACAACAACAACAACUGAGACAAGCACAAGCACAGCCCAGUCAAUAUCAAGCUACUAAUUCUUUGCCGCAAUCAACACAAAAUCAACUCUUGCAAUUCCAACAAAGACUACAACAAUUACAACAACAAAGACAGAGACAUCAUCAAGCGCUAAUAGAGCAGCAAAAAGAAUUUGAAUUGCAACAGCAGCAACAACAACAACCACAAUACCAAAAACAAGCAUUUCCCCAACCAUUAAUGCAACAAUAUCAAAAUAAACAAGCUCACAGCAUGUCAAUGCCACACACACUAGCCGCAUCUGCCACUGCCACUGCCGCCAACGUCAAAAAUACCGCCAUUUCCUCUACCGCCGCCACCGCGAAUAGUGUGCCAAAACCGUUUUAUAAUGCACCACCUCCUUCGAUAUUCUACAAAUCAUCACCAGGUGGCGAGCCGAACAACACCGUGAAGACAUCCACCGCUACCAUAACACUGAAAUCAGCCACAUUGCCGCGCCGUAAGCCGAGCGCCAAAACGGAAAUCCAAUUAGAAAUAAAGCCACGUAUUGUCGAACAACCGAAUAUGCGUUUCACAACGGAAAUGCAGCAUCCUGUCGCCGAUUUGCGCAGCGCGCCGCCGCGUGAAGGUCCGGCGCCAUACAGUCCCAUCAAGACGAUGUUGAAUGCGCGCGCCACAAGCCUCGAACCCAAGGAGCACAUUAUACCCAUACAGCGACCACAAGCGCCCUAUGCGCGCACAACAUCCAAUACAACAACAAGGUCCGGUUCACUAUCGCGACAAUCGACCAAUGAUUCUGAAUCUGAUACAACAACAACGGCAAAUAUGUCACAAUCCACCGUUACGGGCUCAUCACAACCGAUUAAGAAGAGUCCACGCGAAUUCAUUAUACCAAUUGCGAUGGAGGGCGGUGGCUUCAUAACACCGCGCGAGGGCAGCAUUGAACCAUCAGAGUCUAGUCAUACCGCCUCGAGUCGUUCGACCUUCAAUCGACUGCGGCCAACUCGUCGCAUUGGCAGUUCACUGCUUAACGAUUCUGGCAUCGACGAUAAUUCGCCAUUCCAGAAGUUCCGCACCUCGUCCGGCACCAGGGAAGUCGAUGAGGAGCCACGUUUCACGCUGCACAGGUUAAGAAGCUCUAGACCGGUGAAGAAACUUAGUCAGGAGAACGAUUCACAAAGUUCCGGCGAAGAAGAUGACGACGAUGGCUUUGAAAUACUCACCGCUGAAAAUCUCUUCUCCACACUACUACAACGAGUGCACGCUUUGACACAUCGCAUGAAUGUCGAUAAAGAUUUAACUGCAGGCUUUUCGAAUUCAAGCCGCCUGCUGAGCAAUAUGCGGCAUGGUCCCUUCUGGAAUCAAGAACCUUUUGGCAGAUCUCAAGUGAGUUAUACAUACAGUGAAACGGUCGAAAAGAAACAAGUCCGUCUCAACAGCGCCUCCGGCAAUAAUGUGGGCGCACCAUGGCGUCAUAGCAUGUCACGUGAUUUGGGCAACGAUAUGGACUCCAUAUUUUCACGCACUGGCGCUACACUGCCAAGAGGUACAAAGGGGGCAACCAAAAUUGGCCGUCCGGCCACUAUCGCCGAACCUAGUAGCACAGUUGACGGUCAGGCAACGCCAGCCCUAGCCACGGAUGAGCCACUCGAUUUGGCUGACUUAGAUCUCUCGCGUCUACGUUUGAGCAAGAAGGAUCUAGAAACACUAUCCAGCAUCACACCCGGUCUACCGAAAUGCUUCCAAGAGCAACUACUGGCCAAAUUGCCGCCAACACAGGCGCGCAAAUUGUCACGCACGUUGAGUAUGCAAGGCGGUACACAAACUGCGCCGGUUAGAGUUUAUAAGCGCAGUCAGAGCGGCGGACGUGGUGUGUUACACACCGGUGCUGGGCAGGAUCUUAAAGAAAACGUCGCGGAGGAGACCGCUAGCAGCAGCACAACGAGCAAACGUAGCACAGAUAGCAGCGAACGUCGGCACUAUGAUCCCGUAUAUCGACGGAGUCUCAGUCGUACGCGUUACGAUUACGAAUCGAGUAUCCCUUCGUCAAGCGAUGUGGUUUCAAAAAGCCGCAGCAGCAGUGUUUGUCGCGAUGAUUAUGGUAAAUCGAUGUGCUCUACCUAUACAACUGACAUCAAUGAUCGCUACAAAUACUACUCACCAUAUCUUAAUAAAACGGCGCCUAAAGAUUCGUCUACCGAAAGCGGUUCCAUAUCGCCGCAAAAACGUUAUAGCACUUUAGGUAUUCCACGUGAAACAGUCAGUUCUGCGCAAGGGCGUCCACCAAGUGGUUGUUUAUCGCCGCCUAUUACAUCAGCAGACGGUGGUAGCAGCUCAUUGCGUAGACGCUCUUCGCAGAAACGUAUCUCACGAUUUUUGCGACCAGACUUUUUCGACGAACCACUCGAUGAGAAUCCAUUUCAACGUGAAAAGAAACAGCGUGAACGUGAAACUCAAAGUGUGUUGCGUGAAAUACGAGAAAGAUCACGUGAGCCUAGUAGAGAGCGCUGUAAUUACAGUAGUUUUGAUGCGGAAGACGCAAUGUCACGUAAAAAUAGCUUACCCAAUGCGGAGAGCUCGGGUAUACCACUGAAAAUGGAACCGAAACAUGUGCGUAAUAAAAGCAUGGAAAUCUAUUCAGAAUAUCAGCCGGCUAGCAGUUCAUCUCAGGAAACAAUUAGGCACAACCGACGUAGUUUGUCGCGUCCACGUGAGUUUACUGAGGAGUUACGUAAGAAUGAGCUGGCUGAUAAGAUUUUGGAAGAGUUACAAUUACUGUCAGCUACACGAACGCAGCAAGAUCAACAGCAGCAGCAGCUAAGAUCGGCGCUGCCAAGAGAGAUUUCGGUAGAGCGUUCUUCGGAGACGACCACAAAGUCGGUAGUCGAGGGGCCAGGCAGUCGUGCGGAAAUUGAGGAGAAAGAGUCCUCAUCUACAAUAAAGAAAAUUAAAAAAAUAAAACCUAAAGAUAAGUCCAAUACAACGGAAUCUAGUACAGAUGCGGAUGCGACCGUCACUACAUCUGUAGUGAAGAAAGUGAAAAAGAUCGUGAGAAAGACUGAAACCACAAAGACGACACUAAACGAAGCUGCCGCCGCUAAUUCGAGUACAACAGAGGAUAAUACACUCACACCAGCAGAAAUAGAGCAGUCUAGAAGAGAAUCUAAGCUUAAGCGACCUAAGUCGUAUCCAACUAAAGAGCCAAGCACUUUGACACCCAAGUUACCUAAUAAGCCAAGCACUAUACCAGAAAUGACUGCAGAUUCAAGUUUAGAGGUGUCCAACUCCCAGGCUACGCGUGAAAGCCGACUGAUACGACCCAAAAGUUACCCAGCAUCUAAGCUAACACCCCCCAAAGAAUCGAGAAAAGUUACGCGUAGCGGCGCCGCAAUCCCAACAAUAGCCGAAGGCAGGGUGAGAAACUCAACGCCACCACUAGCUGUUGAAGAGAAAUUCGAGCCACAGACGCCAACAUCAAGAGGCACUGUAGAAACUUCAUCUUCGAGUGACACUAAACCAACAACAGUUAAGAAAAUCGUGAAAGUUUCUAAAAAAUCAAAGUUAGCACAACCACUGCCAGUCACACCCACAACUCCGACGCCAGCAACAACGUCCACAACGACUACGCCAGCCGAAAAUUCUAAGGAGUCAAGUCCCAUCGUUAAAGAAAAAUCUCCCGAAAAGAAACCGAGCAAAGGCCUGCUCUAUGCUAUUGGACAGAAAUUCGAAAAACUACGCGAUUCUGCUAUGAGCAAAGAAAAGAAAAGCGCAACCUCCAGUCCCGCUUCUUCGGCAAACGGUGCGGUGGUAAAGAAAAAGUCGCCAGAUAGUUCAUCACCAGACAAAGUAAAGGAUAAAUCCACCUUACUUAAAAAGAAGAAAUCUCUAGAUGGCACUUAUGCAAAGACUGCCGUUGAAAACAAUACAGCCGUUAAGCCACCUGGUACGGAAGGUGAAAUGAAGGAGAAACCAGCAAAGUCGGAUAAGCGCUCGAGAAUUGACGCAGUAAUCCGUUCAUUACGUGAGCGCUCCGUACCACGGUCACGUCCCGCAACCGAAACAAACUACAUAAAGCGCGCCGUCAGUGUAGAGGAUAUGCCGGGUACGUUUAAUAAGAAUGCAGUUAACCGCGUAUUAGGUCUUUUUAAACGCAAUGAUAAGGAAGCAAAUGGCGCAGAGCGGCGAGUACAAAGCACGCGUUCUACCAGCAAUAUUGAACGUCAGAUACGCGAAACAUCGCCGUCGCCCAUCUACCAGAACACGGGCGAGUGUCAUCGUUCCAGUAGCAUUUCAGCCGCCAUUGCCGCCAACUUAGGCUCCGGACGGAAACCAGAGAUCACUGCCACAUGUAGCUGUGAAAUUGCACCGACGCCUAGAGUUAACACAGAAGAAAAACAAUGCGCCGAAUGUUUACAGGACGCCGUAGCGCUACAGAAAUCCAAGAGCAGCCGCGAUGAAAAAGAUGUCGUAUUGUCGAGCAAAGAACUGACACAGGGCAAUAAGGACAAACGCAAGGGACUCAUGUUGGACCUUACCAAAUUGGAUAAAAUUGAUAAUAAUACUACAACGAAUCGCAACAACAUAAAAACGACCUACAUGAACGGUAACGGCAUCUACUCGAAUCUGCCACCUUACCCGGGUGCCGUGAACAGUUCGUCAAAUAACAGCUCCAGCCAGCAAUCCAUGGAUAAUGCCACUAAUAAUAAUAACUCGUAUAUGACUAAUAAUAAUUCAUCAAUGCAGACCUCGCAAACAUCAGGUUAUCGCACCUCGUCCACACACGAGAUAAAUCGCAAUCAUUUACUAACUCCAUCUACUGAGAACAUUGCCAAUUACUCAUCCGACUCGCGCAGUUAUCAAGAUGAUUGUGCCUCAACUUCGACGUUCCUAUCGCCAACUGAAGAGCCUGAGCUCUAUUUCGAUAACUGGUCUGUGUGUUCGGAAGAUAACUACAUGCUACACGCUUCACCUUCGCCAACUGUAUCGCGUCUCUCACGUGCAUCGCAGCUCUCAUCACCGACACGUGGUGAAAGCUCCGAUCCAAAUGAGAGCGUAAUUGAUCGCAUCAAACGUCGCAGUUUCUAUUGCCGCUUUAACGAUAAGAAACCUAAGCGCACGAGUAGCAUUGUUGGACCGAGUGCAGUGCGCGACUACUAUCGUGAGCAACAGGCCGCCGUAAAAGCGCGUUCUAGCACUAAAGUAAACACCAAUGAACGCGCCAAAUCACCAGACAUUACACAAGAGUUCUUCAGACCGUUGAAGUUAAGUCCGGUUGGCACUGAAUUGAAACCACCCAUCUACAAAGCACCGCUCGACUAUGCCACCAACAUCACAAAGCCGCGUAAGAGCCUCAACGAUAUACGGCCUACCACAUCACCAUCAUUGAUCAGCAAACGCUAUGGCUCCACUGCCGACAGCGAUUAUAUGUCAUUAAGUAGUGGCGUGCCAAUACGCUAUAAGUCAUCUGCCAGUUCAAGUCCUUACGAGAGCAAAGGCUCUUCGGCGACUGGUGGCUUGAGUAUGGGUGUAGGCACCAGUAUUGGCGCUGGUACAGGCGUCGGCAGUACCUACUACAAUACCUACAGCCCGAAACGACGUUCCUCAUAUACAUUCAAUGGCACUCUGCCCAGUGGUGCUACACUCACCAAUUCCACUUUGGACGGUUACGCGACGGUGGGUCGGCGACCUAUACGCGCCUACGAUCAUCGCACCAUGUCAUUGCUCGAUCCUACAACCACUCCUCCGUCGACCGGUGUCAGUAGUAGUUUCAGACGAGAAGCACGCACGCCAGUACGGGACUACACUUCAAGCAUUUCGAGAUCGAGUUCACGUUAUCGAACUUCAUCGGCCACACGCAGUCCAACAAACAUUUGAUGUACAACACCGCAGAAUGGCUUCUGUAUCUUCUGCUAUUACUCGAAACGGAAUCGUGGCAGCAGCACGCAUACCGCUUCGUCGUCGGCGUCCUCAAGGGCUAGUGGCGACAAGAAACUGCAGGAAUGCACAACGCGAAUUAGAAAUAAGUUUUAAUUCUACUACGACAAAUAGUGUUUACUAAGAAACUAAUUUAAUUACCAAAUAUACAUACAGUAUGUAGGUAUGUACAUAUAUGGUAGCGUACACUUACUUAAGUCUGAUUCACACCGAUCGAUAGAUGUGUAUAUAGGUCCACAUGGAGGUACAAAUGUAGACAGAGUUCACACAUGGUUCAUGAGAGCUAAGAAAAGCCAUUAUAAAUGGACCCUUUUUGGAGUAAAUAUAGUUAGGGUAGAAUUUGAGAAUGUAGCGAGUUGAAGACUUUGAUAAACCAGUUCAGCUGGACGAAGAAAGGAAUUGUAGUGAUGUAAAUACAAAGUAUGAGUACAAUAUGUGCAGCUGUUAAUUUAAGGUUAUUCUUUGGCGUCUUUCGGCUUUAAUCUGAAGCAACAUAUGAAGCUUAAUGGUAUCGAGAGUAUAGUGUUGGAAGGUUGUGUUUGCUGAGUUACUGAACGCUGUCUUCUUAAAUACGAAGCUGCAUCAAAGCGUUCUAAAAUAAUUCAUUAAUGUGCACGACAUGUUUCACCAAAAGUAUGAAUCAAACAUUAUUCUCAAUUAAAGUGUUAAUGAACUCGUAUUUCCAUGGAUGCAAUUUUGGGGCUUUGCGUCAUUUGGGGAGAGCAGGCUGCUAGGGUGUUCUCAUCUGUACCACACUUUAAGUCAUUUAGUUCUAGUCAUCUUCGACCACUCUACAAUAUGAUCACUAUUUGGGUUACUUAAUUGACUAAUUUUCAAGGUUUGCUUAAUUAAGGAAGUAAUGGAGCUCAAUUUACUAAAUAUACAUAAAGAUUUUAUCAUUAAAUGAUUCGAAAUUUUAGUUUAUUUUCAACGAAAUAUUAUUGAUUAUAAACGAAUAAAAUGUAAUUGUCUCAAUUAACAGUCGAUUAAGUUCGAUUUAACGGAUAAUUGAGCUCAAUUAAAAAAAAAAAAAUAUUAAAAUAUUUAUCGUCAGCUGAUUUCAAAUUUUGGAAUUCAUUAUAAACGAUUAAAAACAGAAUUGUCUCUAUCAACUUUAUCGAAUAAAAAGGUUAAUGGCCAUAUCGAAAUAUACAUAAUUUUGGGACUAUUCGCAAUUUGAGAGCUUCGCUCAAUUUCACUGAGAAGUCCACAUUAUAUUCUCAACUUUUAGAUUAGCGUAGAAAUUGGCAAGUCGGUCUCGAAAAGUAUGUUCUCUUAGGUUACGAAGUCAGGUAAGAUUAUAGUAACGAAAUGUGUGGAAAAACUAGAUUGCCGUUAGAAAUAUUUUAAAUAAUUAAACUUCGAAAAAAGAAAAGUAUAAAAAACACUCUAUCUACCCUAAAAAUCUAAUUAUUAGGCUCCAAAAAUAUUGUAUAUUGGUUUGCAUGUCAGUUGAGAGCAAUUAUCUGGCUGAUGAUCGAAAGUUCAAUAAAAGCUCCCAGUUAGUAGUACAAAUAAUGGAAUUAGUGAGUUGCCAAAACAAUUGUCAUUAUUUUGUCUCACCGCAUUGAGCUUCCAGCAAAGAGUUAUGCAACCGCGAAGAUUUCGGUGUGAAUCAUACAUUUAGAAAUCUUUAGAGAAAUUAAGUAGUAACGAAAGCGAUUAAUAACUAUAUUUAUUAAAUUAAUAGACUAAUUAUGAUUACGAUAUGAAUUAUAAGCAGCUACAUACUAUAUUAAUAAUGACUGACUUAAAAGAACAAUAAUACAAUUUGAAUUGAAAUAUCAAAAGCUUUUUGGUUUUUAUUAUCUCAUAGAACCUUUAAAAUGUGCCUUUUUUAUUUGGAAAAUAAUUUCAGUGUUUAAACAACUAUGAAUUAUUAAAUAAAAGUUAUGUAAUGUUGAAGAACUUGGCAUAAAUAUUGUUAGAGUGUUGCAUGAUUUGAAGAAAGAGAGAGAGAGAGAUAGCGAGAGAGAGCUUUUACUUAUAUUUAACGGCUUGAGAUGUCAGAAAAGAGUGUGCAUUUAUGAAAGUUUUGUAUUUGAAAUAUGCUUUUAAAAUGUGUAAGCGCCUCACAAAGAUUUCAAUAAAAAGUGAAAAGUUUACGAUAAAAAGUAGUAAGAAAAUUGAGAAAAACGUGAAAGCUAAAUAAAUAAAACAAAUUUCGGUGUUUGUAAAUGUUUUUAACAAAACAUGAAAGCUUGCAUUAAUUUAUUUUAAUUACUCAACAAAAAUGUACCUUUCGCAAACUGGUGCCAAACAUUUUAUAAUAAAUGAAAGCUUUCGAAAAAUUCAAGUUGAAGGUUUCGUAAACAAUUUCAUUAAUCUUUCCGCUGUUGAAGAAACAAACUACCAAAAAUUGAUUAUUGAAAAUUUAAAAAUUGUAAAAGCGCUAAAAGCUUCGAAAAAAUAGUGAAAGCUUUUAAGUAACAAAUCAAAGUAUGGUUUUAAUUUCUAAUUACCACUUCAAACCACUCUUAACAAAUAGUAAAAGCUUUAAAAGCUCAAACUUUAAAAAAUGUGAAUGCUUUUACGUUAUCAACGAUAUUAAUAUAUUUUGUUACAUUAAUUUCCAAUUACCGCUUGUAUGAAAUGACUGUGAAAAUAUCGUAAUCAAUUGAAGCUUACAUUGAAAUUGUUUUUAAAAUACAGGUUUAAUAUAAGGGUACAAUAAGUGACAUCGGAAAAAGACAUUCGCUGCCAAAAACAUGCCUGAAAGCUCUUAAAAGUUAAAGAAACUGCAAAAAUAUCUUUUUUUCUACAUUUUUUAAGUUUUACAAGUGCUUUUGAAAUACCAAAGUAAAACAGGGUGCACAGUUUUGUGAAAAUAGGUGAAAGCUCGCAAAAAGUUAGAAAGAAAUUAUAAUCAUUAUGCGAUAAUUUGACUUUACAUAUUUUAAUUUUAAUGAAAGUUUUUGAAAUUUCAUGAAAGCUUUUAAAAACAACACAAAAAUGCAAUAAUAUCUUGUUUUAUAGCUUUUUUAAGCUUUGGAAGGGCUUUUUAAAUACCAUAGGAACUAUAGUUUUUGAAAAGAGGUGAAAGCUCUCACGAAAUUAGAAAGACAUCUGUAAUCACUACGUUACGAUUUGAUUUCAUAUAUUUUAAUUUAAUAUCUUCUUGUAUACCGUUUUUAAGUAACCAAAAAAGGGUUUAUAUUUUUUGUGAAAAGAGAUGAGAGCUCACAAAAAUUCAGAAAAAAAUCUAUAAAUAUUUUGUUAUGAUUUCGUUUUAUAUAUCUUAACUUUAAUAAAAGCUUUUGAAAUCUCAUGAAAGCUUUUAAAAACAACACAAAAUUGCUGUAAUUAUUUUAUUUAAAAUCUACAGUGAAACUAUAUGCCUUUAGUUUUCGAAAAAAAGCUUCCAUAGUCCAACGUGUGAAAGCUUCUAAAAAGUCACACAUUUUUUGCUGAUCCACUUAAUUUUUAAAAGGAAUGUAAAUCUCAGUUACCUGCAGGCUUAGAUUAAAACAAACUUGUUAAAUACCACUUCGAAGAAGCAAUUUUUUUUGGUUCCUUUCGAAAUUAGAAACUUUCACAUAUGUGCAUAUGUAUAUCGAAUACGAAAUUUAUGUAGUUUGACUAACUUUAUGUACACCAAUUUCUCACUGGUGACACUGUCAUCAGAACAUUUAUUUAACAUAACGGGAAAAAGUGGUUGCACAGCCAUAACCGAAUAAAAGUGGGCGUAAAUGGAAUUUUUUGUGAAUUAUGAAAAGAACUGAUUUUUUAGAACGAGCACAAACACAAAAGUAAUAAAAGAACUAUAAUCCCAAAGGUAAAUAAAAACACAAAACGAAAUAAAUGUGUAUGUUUGUAAACCUGCACUCAAAUUUAAUUAAGAAAUUUAAUACAAAAAUUAUUUUCGAAAUUAGAAAAUUGUUAAAUCAUAGAAAUGUUAAUGCUAUUAUAUCUAAUAGCGUAAAUUAACGAAACAUAUUGGUAGGCGGACACACUGUUAGUGUAAUUGUGUAAGACUUGUAUGUGGUGUGAAUACCCUCUUUAGUGACAGCGAAUACGCAUAGCGAAUUUUCGAAACGAAUGCAACAAAUACGUAUGAACUCAAAACAGGCUGAUAGACUUUAACAAUGGAAUUGUAGAGAAAUUUAUUAGAUUUGAACUGUCUGCGUACUUAAAGGCACGGCAUGAAUGAAAAACGUAGCUACUUGUUUAGCGAAAAUGUAGUUAAGCCUAGAUAUAAAAACUAAAUAAGUUGAAAGUAUAAAAAAUUAAAAAAAAAAGAAAAAAAAAUUAUACAGUUUAAGAAAUAGUUAAUUGAAUAUGUAUUUAGCAAUAGCAGAUGCAUGGAUUUGAAGAGUUAACUAGAAUUCAAGAUUAAACAUUUGCCAAGUUCAUUGAAUCAAAAACAAAUAAAAAAAAAUUAAAUAAAAAAAAUAAAUUUAAAUAUAAAAAACAAAUAAAUAAAUAAAAAUAAAAUUAUAUUUACUUAGUAAUAAAAAUCUAAAAAAUGCGCACAGUUGUUUAUUUGAAUUACAAAAACAGCUACUAUUUACCCAUAGUGCAUAUUGUUUAGAGAAUUUUUCAAAAAAAAAAAACUUUAUUUUUAUUCUCCAAUAAAUAAAUAAGAAUGAAGUGAAUGGCGAAACACGAAAACAAACAUUUUUUUUUUUUGUGGGAAAAUAAAAAUUCAUUAGAACCAAUUUCAAACUGUUAAAAUUAGCAACAUAAGCAAUGUAGACACACAAUAGAAAUAAAUAGUUUCAUAAAUAAAUAACAACUAUGUAAAAUUACAGAAUUAAAUACUUUUGUAAUUAGCAGUUAUAUUGAAAAACACCCCUGCUUGUAACUGCAGAAGAGUACUUAUUAAAACAUUUAGAAAAUCUGUAUGAGCAAAUGUACUAUUAGACUUCCAUAUACGUAUAUACAUACAUAGAACUGUUGCGUUAUUUCUCAUUUAUGGAAAUACGAGUACAAGAAGCAAUUUAUUUAAUAAAAAAAUAAAUACAUUUUUGUUACUUUCAUUUGAA